AUGACGCGAGACAUCCGCGCAAAGGCGCUGCAGAAGAUAGCUUCGCUAUCAGCAGCCUCGAGCUCCCCAACGUCCGCUGCCCGGGCCGAUCUCGACAAGCUGUGCAGGGCCUGCCAUGUCGAAAGCAGAGGCGGAGAAAACACCCAUGGAAACAGCCAAUCCAAGUCGCUGGACAGGGUGCCCAUGUCCAUUCGCGAGUUCGAGGUCCUGCUGGCCCUGUGUAAUACUGCACCGGCUAUUAAGUCCGCUCGUGACGCUCAGAAGCUCUCCCACCAGUUGAUGCCCUAUAUUCUCGAAGCACACUCGCAAGUCUUUGUGCCCUCGCCGGCCUUUCGGAAAAUCGACCCUUCACCGACCGAAUCCCUUGCGUUCCAUGUCACCGGGGCACUGUUAUCGCUCGGCAUCAAAUUCAUUGAUCUUCGAGACUCUGUGGCGGACGGAGUCUGGGCUUUCAUCAAUUCCUGCAGCUGUGCCAUAGAGAACUUCACCUCCCCGUCACCUAGCGGCCCGCAAGAUCCCCCUCUGGAGGAGGCUAUCCGUACGGCGACCAUUGCCCUCGCCCUUCUGGGAUUCCUUGACGCAGCCUCUGCCCAGGCCAACUUUUGGAAAUUCGGUGGCCGACUGGCGCUGAUACAGAAGCUCGAAGAACUCUUGUCCGAGCCAUUCCUGGUUGCCAUCGAGACGUCGCUGUCUACCAUCCGCAACUCUCACAGCCAGGACCGAGAGGUGAAGGAAUGGAAGCGUCUUCUCCGCCACUAUGCUCUGUCGGGCCGGCCACUGGGAGCCAUGCUCCUGCAGCGUAGUCUCAUGUGGCUCAUCUUGUCCAGCACGACCUUGAUGGUGGCUGAUGCACCUACCCUCAGAACGACUCACAUACUGGAUUUCCUCAUGUCUGGGGACACACACUGUUUUCAGAACCCAGGGAAGCUUUUCGAUGGAGACAGGCGAUCCAUCGAAGUAUAUGCAGCUCUGGCCAUCGAUCAAAUGGAUCACCUCGAAGCUGGGGCUGACUUCGUCCGCCUCGGAUCGCUAAAUCAGCAAAAGCUUGCGUUUGCUGUCAAGUCAUCUGCGAUAAUCACCUUCCUAACAUGUUCUUUGCUGAAUCAGGAACUUGCCGAUGCCGAUAUCCUCAUGACCUGGCUGCAAGAGACGCUUGAAGACCCGAUUCAGAUGGCAGACGAUGCCCUGGCAUCCGUUGUACUUCGAUGCCUCGCGCUUAUAUGCCGAAUUUCUCCCUCACUGUCAUCUACGGUUAGCCGUGUCCUUCCAAGAUUUCUUGUCCAGGCAACGCCGUCCCGUAUCACCGUUCGUGCGGCCUCAAACAGUUUGGCAUUCGUUCUCAAGAUGUUGUCAAAAGAUGCAGUCAUUAGCACGCUGUAUACUCUCGGAAAUGUGCUUAGUCCGGAAACAGGUGGGGGCAUCACCAACGGCCAGGCAAACGGCACCGCCGGAGAUGGAUCCGCCUCGAGCCCAAUCUACACUGGCAGACACUCUACUGGAAGUUCUAUCUCCCUAAAAAUGAACGGCGAAGAAGAGACGGCGAUAGUAUACGGCAAUGUUGUUCAAGCUAUCUGCAGCAUUGCAGCAGCAUUUCAAGACGAGAAGAUCACAGCCUUGGCGCAGUCUAUGCUUCUCCAAAAGCUUGAUAAAGUCAAUGUCAGCGUCGAUGCGGAAAUCAUUUUCGGCGCAGCGCAACUGGCGCUCUACAGCGGCCAACUCGAGUUCCGUGCCCUGCUGAAGAUGUACAGCAGGAUAUGUCAUAUCGGCAUCGUCAAUAAUAAGGAGUUUCUCCUAGCUGCCGUGAUGAGAGCGAGGAACUACAUCUCCUCCCAACUGAAGCGGGAGUCUCAACUGUUCGACAUCUACUGGGAGCACUUGCAGGACAGCAUCAUUUCUCUUGGGGAUUCCGAAUCAUCCAAUCACGCGAAGGAAUCCGAUAUGCACCUCGUGGCCCAGGAAAUUGGCGAACUUUUGCACCCUCUCGCUCUCCUCAUGGCUAGUAACGACCUCGCCUCGAAACCGCUGGCUGGAGAUGAAGCCUACUCGUUGCUUCGAGAUGCGUGGUUCAACAUAGCAGUCCACGGUUUUACGGCCAGCACGGACCGCGGCAAGAUGUACAUGAAUGAGCUUCAGACGAUGGCUGUGCAUUCACCACCCCUGGUUACCGGCGAGAGGACCGAGCAGGUGGAAAGUGAUAUUGAACUCAACACAGUCUUGCGGCGCGGCAGCAGCAGCGAACGAGAGGCUCUGCAAAAAAAGCUUCUUAUAGAGCUAAUACCGUCCAAAGCAGCCGAGAUUAGGAGUUUAAGCUACCGAAAGGUCAUAUUCCUACAGGCCGCAUACCUGGUCGAGAGUUUGCGCGCCGAUGCCGGCGACUGCACCAAAGUCCUCUCCUAUUUUCUCGAGCCGAGCAUGCGAAAGUCCGAGGUGAACAACACAAUGGAAGGAAUCACCUCUGAAAUUUUAGACAAGUAUCUCAAGAAGACCCUCGGAGGUACCGAUCCAAGUUUCUCCGCCCAGUAUGCUGCCACGCAACUUGCAUCAAUCUUCUGCAAAUGUUGUCAUCGCAUCGAGCGAGUCCAGCGGGCAGCCUUCAACUGUGCUGACCGCAUCAUACGAGAUGUGCCAUCUGCCUUGUGCAAUAGGACAUCGCUUUUUGCGUUGCUGGAGCUGCUUUCUCUCAUGUGGUCGAGCUGCCUCGAGGCUGAAACAGAUCUUUACACACCUCGAUCCACCUUCUCCUCUGAGCUCGGGAAAGUCACCGUUGAACUCUCAGACGACUACGACUUCAGGCGCUGGACUUUGGAUGUUCUUCACCGCAAGGCUAAGGGCUGGGUGAACGCUGCCAUCAAUCUUGCUCCAUUGGAUGUCAAAGGCCUGCUGCAGACUUAUCUGUCGGAGUUUGAAGACAGAGGUGCUUACGGCCACGUUUCACUGGGAAGAUCUCUGGCGCUGGAGCUCGGAUCCAUCGUCCCCAUGACAGACUACCGCCUGCAAUCUCUCGAGAGAGUCGGUGACUGCGAUAUCAAUACUGCCUCAGACCUAAUUGCUCAGUACACUACCCGCCAGGAAUACCGCUACGGCGAGACACUCCCGGACCAUGGAAGUGAGCUGAUGACUUUUAUGAGCCUCAACCGCAGGCCAUCGUUUGUCCAAUCGACCGUGACCGAGAGCGCGAACGCGUCCACUGCUUUGGCCCAUGUCGAGGCCAGGAUCCUGAGCAAGAAGGCCACGUCAUUGGCCGAGGUGCGCGACAUCCUGAGGCGAGCCGCAGCCUUGCUUUGCCGAGGCCGUGAGGAUGAGUCUGCCGUCGCUCGUCACCUUGUUAGCAUACCGUUUUCCCUCUUUACGAAGCAAUCCAUAAAGCUCGGUGUGUCCUUGUGGCUGGGCGUCAUGAACGAAAACCCACGACUCGAGUCCAGGCUGUUGAACGAUGUGGCCCAACAGUGGGAGUUUACAAUCACUCGGCGGGUUGGCUUGUUCAACCCGGCUUUGACCCAUCCAGAUCCAUUCUUCCUGAAGGAAGAAUUCGCACCCAGUGAUCUGGAGGGCCUCGCACGAAGAAGGCAGCAAGUCCACGACAUGCUCUCACCACACACACGGCUGCUCCAGUUCUUUAGCAGCCAUUUUAAUGCCACACGCCUGGGUAGUGGAGACAUGCAGCGAGUGUUCCUGCGGAUGCUGGGCCUCACCAUGGACGCUCUCGAGUCGACGACGACCCAUCCGAUGGCACGAGAGCUGCGCUUCCAGAUCGUCCUGCUUGGCUUGAAGAUCUUGCGUGCCAGUACCACGAUUGGAGCAACGGCCCAGUGGAAACUCAAAGAGAAAAUACUCUCGGCAGGUCUCAGUUGGUUCGCCCACUCACCCAGGUGGUCAUUUGGUAGCAACGUUCUUCAGCUAAAGACCGAGGUUCGCCUGAUUUCAGACGUUUUGUCCGCUCUGAAAGUAGUUUCGUUCAUCGGAGCACACACCGUUGGCAACGUCAAGUCUUUGGGGCAGAAAGAGCUGCUGCUCCAGCUUUUACUUGAGAAUGAGCAGUCUCGCCUCAACGUCUGGAUAAACCCGUUGAACAACCACACAGGCUUGUUCUCAAUCCACCAUGCGCCGAAAUCUGCUGCCGAAAGCGCGCUGCUCCCUCUGGUUCGCACUGCUUGGCUGCAGGAUCCCGCCAUUGCUGUUGAGCUGGCGACUAGAUUUCACUCCCCGCGACUUCAUAGAGAAGUCAGGGCCCUGCUACUCAACACACCUGAAAUGGCUAUUUUCGAGCCUGAAGCGUUGCCUCUCAUGUUUGGCGGCCAACUACCUGACGAUGUCAACUCUCAAUUAAAGUAUCUUCUAUUCUGGGAACCGGUCAACCCGAUUACUGCCGUCAGUCUAUUCUCGCCAGCUUACAAGGACCAUCCGUUCCUCAUCCAGUACGCCAUGCGGACGCUUGAAAGCCAUUCAGUCGAUGUCACUUUCUUUUAUGUUCCCCAGAUCGUUCAAACUCUCAGAUACGAUACCCUUGGCUACGUGGAACGCUAUAUUCUUGAAACAGCGCAGUUUUCCCAGCUCUUCGCGCACCAAAUCAUCUGGAAUAUGAAGGCAAACUCGUACAAGGACGAUGAUGCCCAAGUGCCGGACGAAAUCAAACCUAGGCUUGACGCCGUAAUGGAGAAGAUGGUGAAUAGCUUCGCACAGGAAGACAAGGAAUUUUUCGAUCGCGAGUUUGCCUUCUUCGACGAGGUUACAGAUAUUUCCGGAAAGCUCAAACCACUCAUCAAGCGGCCGAAGCCGGAGAAGAAGCAGAAGAUUGAAGAAGAGCUGCGCAAAAUCAAGGUUGAAGUAGGUGUCUAUCUUCCCAGCAAUCCCGAUGGGGUCGUCAUCGGCAUCGAUCGAAAGUCUGGCAAGCCUCUGCAGAGCCACGCCAAGGCUCCAUACAUGGCAACCUUCCGCAUAAAGAAGAGCGUUGGAGGGGAUGACGGGACGGAUGAGUUGCUCGAAACGGCGGAUAACCGGGACCAAGACGAGGAAGAGACCAUUGAGGUCUGGCAGUCGGCUAUUUUCAAAGUUGGUGAUGACUGCCGGCAGGAUGUCCUGGCCUUGCAGAUGAUCGCUGCAUUCCGUGGUAUUUUCCACAAUGUUGGGCUGGACGUGUACGUCUUCCCGUAUCGCGUCACAGCCACUGCUCCCGGAUGUGGAGUCAUCGAUGUCCUGCCCAACUCCAUUUCCCGCGACAUGCUCGGCCGCGAAGCAGUCAACGGGCUCUACGACUAUUUCGUUUCCAAGUACGGCAAUGAGGACUCGCUGCGCUUCCAGCGAGCCCGCAACAAUUUCGUCAAAUCUAUGGCAGCCUACUCCAUAAUCUCCUUCCUCCUGCAGUUUAAGGACCGUCACAAUGGCAACAUCAUGAUCGACGACGCAGGACACAUCCUCCACAUCGACUUCGGCUUCUGCUUCGAUAUCGCCCCCGGCGGCAUCAAGUUUGAGCGGGCGCCGUUCAAGCUGACAAACGAGAUGGUCGCAGUCAUGGGAGGAUCCAUGGAGCACCAGAGCUUCAAGUGGUUCGAGGAACUCUGUAUCAAGGCCUUCCUCGCCAGCCGUCAAUACUGUGAGAAGCUCAGCCAGAUUGUGCUUCUGAUGAUGGACAGUGGGCUGCCGUGCUUCAAGCCCGAGAGUGUCAAACAUUUCAGGGAAAGAUUCGUACUCGAGAAGAGCGAACGAGAGGCGGCCGACUUCAUGAAGGACCUGAUCAAGAAGAGUUACUCGAGCUAUAGCACGGGCAUCUAUGAUCAGUUCCAGUUGUUGACGAACGGCAUCCCAUUUUGA